GCCAAUUGUCAAUUUAUCAAUUUUACCUGCUCUAGUGCAACACGAUAAUCACGGAAAAGCGAGCUUUGACGUAACUUGAAAUUGAUCGAGGGCAAGGGUUUUUAGAAGAUGUUAUAAAUAGCAGAGAACCACUGAGUAAACAGUACACUCUCACCACAUCGAUCCGCCAUGGCAAAAGCAAGUAAAAUUCCAGUGACCUAUGAUUGGGAUGUCUAUUUGAAAGAAUCAGGUGCAACGUGUGCGCCAGCAGAAUGUUUCAAACAGGCUCCGAUACCACCACCAAACGAGUUUGGCCUGUGGAUGAAACUUGAAGCCCUCGAUCCUCGCAACGUGACCUCGACCUGCAUCGCAACCAUAGUCGGUCUCAUCGGGCCACGGUUAAGACUGCGACUGGAUGGAAGCGACAACAAGAAUGACUUCUGGAGGUUGGUGGACUCGUCUGACAUCAGGCCGAUCGGCCAUUGUGAGAAACAUGGUGGCAUGCUCCAACCUCCUCUUGGUUUCAGAAUGAAUGCCUCAUCUUGGCCAAUGUUUCUAUUAAGAACACUCAACAAUGCCAGCAUUGCACCAACGCAAGCAUUUAAACCAGAACCACCCGAUCCCAAGGGCAACGAGUUCAAAGUGGGCAUGAAGCUGGAGGCCGUAGACCGUAAGAAUCCCCACCUCAUCUGCCCCGCCACGGUGGGGCAGGUCAAGGACAAUACCAUCUUUGUCCAGUUUGAUGGUUGGAGGGGCGCCUUCGAUUACUGGUGUGAAAUCAACUCAAGGGACAUCUUUCCUGUAGGAUGGUGUAAAGCUACGGGACACUACCUGCAGCCGCCAGGUAAAACAGGAGCCAGUACCAAAGUCAGAAGAGUGAGCAGCUCAUCAACAUCAUCAUCUCAAAUGUCCCCUGGAGGGGGCACCCUGUCAACGAAAGUGGAGCCUGACACAAGUUGCUUGCCAUCGGCUGAACCAGCGGAAGAGCCUUCAGUGCUGGUACACCUGAAUAGUUCCUGCGUGAGCGGUCCCUACCUGAGCCCCCAUAAGCUCUGGCAGAUGCCGUGUCAGGUCGGACCUACCAGUAUCAGUUCUGCUCUCAGGGAAAUCCUGCAGCUAUGUGUGGACUGUGCUGUACAGCAAAGGCUUGUUCUUACCUUCCUGGAGGAGGCUGAUGAUGGCAAUGUCACGGUUAAUGGUACAUACGGUGGAGAGAGCCAUUCAGCAACCAUCCAGGCCCCAGACGACACCCCAGAGUUCUGGGCCAUGUUACACAGGUUAUGUGAGAACCUUUUGUGCUGUGAGAACUUCUUCAGUGAUAAGUCAUUACAGGGUCCCUGCCCAAAGUGUGCAAAGCAAGCUUCUGAUGACAGAGGAUCUGUGAAUAGUGGAGCUAGUAAUAUGAGACCAGGGGGAGGGGGUCUGAAGAGGAGUAUAUCAGAUGCAUCAACAAAUUCAGAAAGAGAAACAAAACCAUCUAGUCAUAAGAUACAGAGGAGAAUAACGACAGAGGCUGCAAGUUCAACGACUGAAAGCAGAUUAGAACAGACAAGAAUACCACCGACAAGGAUAGCACCUUCUGCUGGCAGUGACCCUAAUGACUGGACGAUAGAGGAGGUCAUAGCCUGUGUAGUCAGUAUGGACCCAAGUAUGGGCGUACAUGCAGGGUUGUUUAGACAACAUGAAAUCGAUGGCAAUGCAUUCCUUCUACUGAAUAGUGACAUGAUGAUGAAAUACAUGGGAAUGAAGCUGGGUCCUGCUCUCAAGCUGUGUAAUAUCAUAGACAAACUCAAGAAAUAGAAAUGGUGGUAAGAUACACCCUUGUGGGAGUGCUAUUUAUGAAAGAGGCACACAAAGUGAUGGGUCGAUGAAAUGAUUAAAGAGAGAGAUGGACGGAGAUGAAGGCACUUUUUAUGAUGGUAUUUAUGAUUGAUUCGCAAGGUCUGUAACUCUGUAUAUUGCCAUACAUGUAUGUCUCUUCGUAAACUUUCAAAGGCACAAACCUUCCAAAGAGCUUUUUCACAACCUCCUUCAUGAUAUUGACUUUGUCUGUAUGCAUUGUCACUGUCAAGCUGAGGAGAAAGAGUUUUGCUACCAAAUAUCUGGGCUGAGUAGGGAUAUGAUAAUGAAAGACAUGUGACAGAAUAUACAGGUCCUUCCUCAAGGAGGUGGUACAUAAUGUACAAGCUGAAGAAAUAAACUAGGCGGUAAGAUGUAUCCUUGUGUAUUAAAGGGAGAAUGAGGUGAUCUUGAGAGUCAGAGGUAUACAGCUACAACUGUCUAAAAUGGCCAUCCAAGGGAUUUUGAGAACAAGGGUCACUCUAGAAAAGUGUCCUCUCUCUCAAUCGGUGCUACAUUAUGUUUUUAUCUCCGAAAGGAAACAUUUUUUCCUUGUGAGGGUAAAUUUGGAGAAAAGGAAUACCUCAAGAAGUAGUAAAAAAAGAAGUUGAAUGAUAAUGAUAUGCAACAAAUGAGAGGAUUAGACAGUGAGGCUUCACACCAACAUUUUUAUGGCUUCUGAGCAACAUUUCGAAUUCAGAUGCUGAAUUAAAGUAAAGAACCAAAUUUCUCGAAUCGCUGAUAAUAUUGAUGUUGUAUACAUGUACCUGUUUUUUUUUAAUUAUGGAAAUGCUUUAUACAGAGUGGAUGAGGGCACU